GAGCGGGUGCGCUGCGGAUCCGGAAGCGAGCGGCGCCGAGAUUUGUCUACAGAUUUUGAGCAUCUGAAGCUGACCCCUGAAUCUAAGCAUUCCCUGCUGCUCCCUCACCCUUUGAAGAAAUGUCUGUCACUUAUGAUGAUUCCGUUGGAGUAGAAGUGUCCAGCGAUAGCUUCUGGGAGGUCGGGAACUACAAGCGGACCGUGAAGCGGAUUGAUGAUGGCCACCGCCUGUGCAGCGACCUCAUGAACUGCCUGCACGAGCGGGCGCGCAUUGAGAAGGGGUAUGCACAGCAGCUCACCGAGUGGGCCCGGCGCUGGAGGCAGCUUGUGGAGAGGGGGCCGCAGUAUGGGACAGUGGAGAAGGCCUGGAUUGCUGUCAUGUCCGAGGCAGAGAGAGUGAGCGAGCUGCACCUCGAGGUGAAGGCCUCACUGAUGAAUGAUGACUUCGAGAAGAUCAAAAAUUGGCAGAAGGAAGCCUUUCACAAGCAGAUGAUGGGAGGCUUUAAGGAAACCAAAGAAGCUGAGGACAGCUUUCGGAAGGCACAGAAGCCCUGGGCCAAGAAGCUUAAAGAGGUAGAAGCAGCAAAGAAAGCCCACCACGCAGCAUGCAAGGAGGAGAAGUUGGCCAUCUCACGAGAAGCCAACAGCAAAGCAGACCCAUCCCUCAACCCUGAACAGCUCAAGAAAUUGCAGGAUAAAAUAGAAAAAUGCAAGCAAGAUGUUCUUAAGACCAGAGAGAAGUACGAGAAGUCCCUGAAGGAGCUUGACCAGGGCACUCCCCAGUACAUGGAGAACAUGGAGCAAGUGUUUGAGCAGUGCCAGCAGUUUGAGGAGAAGCGUCUGCGCUUCUUCCGGGAGGUUCUGCUGGAGGUUCAGAAGCACCUAGACCUGUCAAAUGUGGCCAGCUACAAAACCAUUUACCGUGACCUGGAGCAGAGCAUCAGAGCGGCCGACGCGGUGGAGGACCUGCGGUGGUUCAGAGCCAAUCACGGGCCGGGCAUGGCCAUGAACUGGCCACAGUUUGAGGAUGAAGAGUGGUCUGCAGACCUGAAUCGAACUCUCAGCCGGAGAGAGAAGAAGAAGGCCACUGAUGGUGUCACCCUGACGGGCAUCAACCAGACAGGCGACCAGUCUCUGCAGAAUAAGCACAGCAGCAACCUUAGUAUCCUGAGCAACCCUGCCCAGUCCGCGCAGUCACAAUCCAGCUACAACCCCUUCGAGGAUGAGGACGACACGGGCAGCACCGUCAGUGAAAAGGAAGACAUUAAGGCCAAAAACGUGAGCAGCUAUGAGAAGACCCACAGCUACCCCACUGACUGGUCGGAUGACGAAUCCAACAACCCCUUCUCCUCCACGGAUGCCAACGGGGACUCCAAUCCGUUUGACGAGGACACCACCUCGGGGACAGAAGUGCGAGUCCGGGCCCUCUAUGACUACGAGGGGCAGGAACAUGAUGAGCUGAGCUUCAAGGCUGGGGAUGAGCUGACCAAGAUAGAGGACGAGGACGAGCAGGGCUGGUGCAAGGGACGCUUGGACAAUGGACAGGUUGGCCUGUAUCCAGCAAAUUACGUCGAGGCCAUCCAGUGACAGGCCAGUGGGCAGGCUGGCGGAGGGAUGGAGGCAGCUGUCCCAGGAGCUCCGUUAGCCAUUGGCCCGGGCAGUGGCCCCUCUGGCCCCUCCAGCCAGCCACGUGGGUGUCCAUGCCUUUUCCUGCAAAAGAUGGUUCUGUUGCUCUUGGCUUCAUGCUCUUGGCUCCCAUGAAGGCAGAGCUGGUCACUUCACCUGGGACUCAGCACCUUUCCAAGUGCAGCUGGAGGGAUCUGAGCACAGGAAGAGGCAGUACAACAGAGAAAUACCUGGGCCCUCCUUCUGCCGCCCCACUGUCUGUGUGUUGGCUUAUCAUGGGUCUGUAUGUUCUUGACCUUGUCUCUCCUCCCUCCAAGUCAGUGGUAGGUACACUGAUUCUUGCUCCACUGAUUACUUUCUCUGAUGAGUCCCAUCACCUGCCACUAAAUGAACAAACUUCCAUGCCAUUUUCCGAGUGAAGAUUUUGAGGUUUUUAAUUUAAGGGUAUGUACAGUUAUACUUUUUUAUAUACCUGUUCUUCCAUUCAUUUAUACUUAAAUUAUGGCACAGUGAUGUACACCAGUCUAGAGGAAAUGUGUCUCUAUUUCCACGUUGUGCUGUGAAAGCCAUGCCCCUGCAUGGGAUGAGCCGCAGGUGAUGUAGCUCAUGUUGACAGAUGAUGUUUGAGGCAAGAGAUUGUAGUAGGAAGAUGGGAACGCGUUAACGGUUGUGAAUGCUCUUUAUGCAUUCAGGGCAUCUGAGUGGGGGUUUCAGAAAUAACCUUAUGUA